AUGAGUCACAAACAUCCUCAUUAUCUGAUUCAUGAAGAGGAGGAGGAGGAGGAAGACGAGGUGACUAGCAAUGAGAAGGAGGAGGUGGACGACGACGACGACGACGACGACGACGACGACGACGACGAUGACGACGAUGACGACAAGAUGACUGACAUUGAGGAGGAGGAGGAGGAGGACGAGGACAACGAUGACAACGACGACGACGACAAGAUGACUGUCAUUCAGGACGAGGAUGACGAAGACAAGAUUUCAGGUAUUGAGGAGGACGAAAACGAAGUGACUGGAUGUGAGGAGGAGAAGGAGAAGGACGAGGACGACAUGAGUAGCAGGAUCACUCCAACUUUUCAAGUUAAGCCUCAUGGAGCUGAAGUUGAAUACUUUGAGGCAUUUUUAGAUCACGAAAUUAUGAACAAAAUUGUACAUGAAACUAACAUUCAACAUGACUACCUUAUUAGUAAGCAGCAGGAAUAUAGGUUGUGGGUCAUGUGGUACAGCACGUACAACAUGCGAUGGCAUGACAAGCGCCAAGUUGUCAUGUUGUCUACCAUCUACACGGGACAAAUGAAAGACUCGGGCAAAAUCCACUUCAAGACAAAGAAGCCCAUAAUGAAGCCAGACCUGGUCCUGGACUACCUACACUAA